AGGUGCUCGCACACGGGGCGGGCCUGCUAGUCUCAACCACUUCGUGGAGUGCACUUUUUAUUUUGUACUCGAGCACGCAGCCACUCUCAAUUGUCGACUGUUUGCACGUACACGAUUGAGGUUCUGCGACUCGCCCGAUGCAGAGUAGAGGCUAUUGGACCGCGUGGUCUUAUCAGACUUUGCUGGUAAUCAGUCAGUACAUCGCGAGCAAGGAUUGUUGUUGUUGUUAUUGUUGAUCGAUCCCCCCGGCUUACCGGCUGUCAAAGUCACCGGAAAGACAGAAAUCGCGAUCAAAUCAGUUGCAAGCGUAAGCUGAAUUUGAAAAUCUCGGUGACAGUGUUAGUGGUGGAAAGUGGUGGUGGAAGAUACGAAGGAGACGGGUGUGCGACGAAAGAGGGUUGUUAUGGGGCGAAGCUGUCGUCUGCUGGUACUUUCGCCGCUGCACUUGCUGACUAUAUUCGGCUUCCUCGCGGCGGCUGAUGCUUUCUCCACUGACAGAAACUCUUGUUCCUUAAAGCAAUUUCGAUGUGCGAAUAAUAAGUGUAUACCGAUGUUGUGGGUCUGCGAUUCCACAGACGACUGUCUAGACAAUUCCGACGAGACCGCCGAGGAAUGCACAGGUAUACACAAGUGCACCGAGACGGAGUUCAAGUGCACGAACGGCAAGUGUAUACCCGGAAGGUGGCAUUGCGACGGCGACCCGGACUGUCCUGACAGGUCGGACGAGGAUCCAACAGUUUGCAGGACGAAGAAUUGCACGGCGGAACAGUUCACGUGUCACUCGGGAAAUGGCGAAUGCGUGGCACUUACAUGGAUGUGCGACAGCAACCCAGACUGUUCGGACGCUUCAGACGAGGCUGAGUGCAACGACACUUGUCGGUCCGACGAGUUCACGUGCGCGAACGCAGACUGCAUCCAGCAAUCUUGGGUAUGCGAUAACGACGACGACUGCGGAGACGGCAGCGACGAAAAGGAUUGCAAGCCAACCACUUGUCAGCCCGAUACGGAGUUCGCUUGCUCGGAAAAUGUUUGCAUAACGUCCCGCUGGAGGUGCGACGGCGACAUCGAUUGUCCAAAUAAGUCCGACGAAAUCGGAUGCAAGGACUUCAACGACAAGGGAUCGAGUCAUUGCAGCAAAAAGGAAUUCGAUUGCGGGAACGAUUUCACGUGCAUCCACCAAAGCUGGGUCUGCGACGGUGGGAAAGAUUGCCCAAACGGUGCGGACGAAUCACCCGAACGGUGCCAUAAUGUCACGUGCAGGCUCGAUCAGUUUCAAUGCGGAGAUCGUCGCGGUUGCAUAUCAGGUCACCUGUAUUGCAACGGUAAAGCGGAAUGCGCGGAUGGUAGCGACGAGAAAAAUUGUACGAGCAAGGCGGUCGCCUGUGAUCCCUCGACUCAGUUCGAAUGCAGCGAGGGCUCGUGUAUUCCCAUAAACAACGUGUGCAAUAAAAAUCGCGACUGCCUCGGUUGGGAAGACGAAAGUGCCGAGCUAUGCGGCGUGAACGAGUGUCAGAAAAACAACGGCGGAUGUUCGCAAAUUUGCAUCGAUUUGCCCAUUGGCUUCCGGUGCGAGUGCAGCGCAGGGUACAGAUUAGUUGACAAUCGAACGUGCGAUGACAUAGACGAAUGCCUGGAACCAGGCAGUUGUUCCCAGUUCUGUUUGAACGAAAAGGGUAGCUUUAAAUGCAGCUGCGCUGCGGGCUACCUUAAAGACCCUAGGAAUCACUCUCGUUGCAAAGCAGCAGAAGGUCACGCGAGUCUUCUCUUCACCAGAAGGCACGACAUAAGAAAAGUAGCUCUGGACCGUCAAGAGAUGACAGAGAUAGUGAACAAUACAAAAAAAGCAACAGCUUUAGAUUUUGUGUUCCGUACGGGUAUGAUUUUUUGGAGCGACAUAAGCGAGCAAAAGAUCUACAAAGCUCCGAUAGACGAGGGUAACGAACGUUCGGUUGUCAUCGAUGACGGUCUGACAACGUCGGAUGGACUUGCUGUCGAUUGGAUAUACAAUCAUAUUUAUUGGACCGAUUCUGGCAAAAGUACCAUCGAAUUGGCAAACUUCGAGGGCAAUAUGAGAAAAACUCUUAUACAAGACCGUAUACAGAAACCGAGAGCGAUCGCUUUGAAUCCAUUGGAUGGUUGGAUGUUUUGGACGGAUUGGAGCAACGAGGCUCGUAUUGAAAAAGCUGGGAUGGACGGUUCUCAUCGAACGAUUAUAGUUGAUAACGACGUGAAAUGGCCGAAUGGCUUGACUUUGGAUUUAAUAGGGAAGAAGAUUUAUUGGGUGGAUGCUAAAUUGAAUAUAAUAGGAUCGUGUAAUUACGAUGGCACGGGUAGACGGACGGUUCUUUAUUCUCCCGAUUCGUUGAGGCAUCCGUACAGUAUUACAACCUUCGAGGAUUAUGUGUAUUGGACCGAUUGGGACAAGAAAACGAUAUUCACGGCGAAUAAAUUUACCGGGAAAGAGGUCGAAGCUGUCACGUCCGUCCAAACACUCGAACACCCGACAGUCGUUCACGUGUAUCAUCCGUACAGGCAACCAGACGGAAUGAAUCAGUGUCAAGCCGUGAAUGGUCACUGUAGCCACUUGUGCUUACCUGCGCCAAGAAUUAAUUCAAAGUCACCUCUUCUUAGUUGCGCUUGCCCGGAUGGCCUAAGACUAUUACCUGAUGGUUUAAUGUGUGUAGAAAAGGUAACUACAACUGUAGCACCUACAACGCAAGGAAUUAGUAACCCAUUCAAGAGACUUGAAUCCUUCAAUGUUACUACUACAACUAUCAAUCCAUCACCCUCGACAGGCGGGGAUGAGAAAGUUAGUCUCGCAACCGAAUCGACAGACGAUGGUUUAGUCGCUGGUAUAGUGAUAGGCGUGGCGUCCUUAGGACUGUUAUUCUUUGCAUUAGGAGCAGUGUUAGGCUACAGGCAUUAUCUCCAUCGUAACGUUACGAGUAUGAAUUUCGAUAAUCCUGUGUAUAGGAAAACCACAGAAGAUCAGUUCAGUUUGGAAAAGAACAGGUUUCCACUCCCCACUGCUACAGUUGGAGAAGAGGCUCAGGAACCCUUAACGAGUCCUGGAACUAACGAUUACGUUUAAUACUCAAUCUGUCAAUGAAUCGGGCUUAGCAGGCUAUUGAAAUAAUAUCGACCAAG